AUGUCCCAGAACGUCCCCGCCACAGACCCCGCUGUUUAUGCGGAAUACGAGUCCAAAUGGGCCAACCUGCCAGACACCGAAGAAGCAUGGCUGACCCGAGCCCGCGAAGUGGCUGAAGUUCUCGCCAAAGAUGCCGCUCAAAGAGAUCAUGAAAACAAAUCCCCGCGCGCCGAAGUGGCUUUGCUUAAAUACGCAGGCUUGACCAAGGUUCUGGGACCUAAGAAGUAUGGCGGUGGAGAACAACCCUGGAGUGUGGGAUACAAAGUGAUCAGAGAGGUUGCGAAAGCGGAUGGAUCUAUUGGUAUGCUCUUGGGCUACCACCUCCUUUGGUCCACUACGGCCAAUGUUGUCGGUACGCCUGAACAAGCCGAGCGUACUAACGAGUUGGUCCUUUCAAACAACUACUUUAUCGGUGGCGCUGUGAACCCCCGCGACAGCGACUUGAAGAUCGUCUCCGAUGGAGAUCACAUUGUGUUCACCGGAAACAAGUUCUUCAACACUGGCGGUGUGGUGUCCGACUUGACCGUCCUCGAGGGUGUCCUCGAAGGAACUCAAGAUCACAUUUUCGCACUGGUCGAGACCCGCCAGGCAGGCAUCCAGUUCGCUCACAACUGGAACAACAUUGGCCUCCGACUGACCGAAUCGGGAGGUGUGAAGAUUGACAAUGUGCGAGCUCCCUGGGCUGAUGCCUUAGGCUGGGAUGCCACAAGCAAGCAGCCCCGGGAUGAUGCGCUGAAGAUUGCGUUCACGACUCUGCUUCUCCCUACUAUCCAGCUGGUCUUCAGUAACUUUUACCUGGGUAUUGCUCUUGGUUCCUUGGAGUUUGCUUCCAAGUAUACGACAACGUCUACCCGUGCCUGGCCCUUUGGAGGGGACAACAAGGAAUCGCCGACUGAGGAGUUUUAUAUUCUCGAGCGAUAUGGUAACUUCUUCGCUCACCUGCGAGCCACCGAAGCGCUCGCCGAUCGCGCAGGUGAUCAGCUCUCUGGGCUCUAUGGCCGCUAUCAGAAUGACAAGGCGGCUCUCACUCCCCGCGAACGUGGAGAGGUUGCCGAGUGGGUUGCGAGUGUCAAGAUUGUCAGCACGGACGUGGGUCUACGGGUGACGUCUGGAGUGUUUGAGGUGACUGGAGCUCGUGCGACUGCAUCGAAGGUUGGCUUGGAUCGAUUCUGGAGAGAUAUUCGGGUGCAUAGUUUGCAUGACCCGGUGGCGUAUAAGAAUCGGGAAGUGGGACGCUAUGCACUGUUGAAUGAAGUGCCCGAGCCCACCUGGUACACUUGA